GAGAGACAAAAUGAAGUGAUUCAAAACUGACAGUUCACAAAUAAUUGGAACAAAAUAAAAAUAUAUUUUGAUAUCAAUAUGAAUUUGUUCCCUGGUAACGCAAUUAUUUUAUACACGAUUUAUUUUUUGUAACUGCCGGGAUUUAAUAAAUGUGCUCCGAUUAUGCAAUACAUAUAUAAUAUAUAUAUAUAUGUUAAAAAUGAAAGCUUAUGUGUAAAAAGAUGUCUCGUUCGUUGCAAUCUUUCCGAGUGUUCGAUCUGCGUCGAAAGUAGAGAACUGUCAGUGGAAAUACCCGUCAAACAAUACCUGUCAAACACUUAUUCGCACAACACAUACACAUACAUACGUUCGAUAGAGGUGGCGAUAAGGGGACGGCCCGAUAACAAAGGCCGACACUGAAUCAUCUCGUGUGAGAUGUUCGCGAUUUUUUCUUCUUCUGACACGACGAGGAAGCGUACACAAGCAUGUCGAAGCUGGACGUGUACGAGCUCACGCAUCCGGAGUCGUUGUCAGAACGUCAGCUUCGUGAGAUCUUGAAGAAUAGUUGUAUUGAGAUACUCAACUUCGAGAAAAUGUGUAGAAGCGAAUUAUUAAAUAUAUAUAAACGAGUCGCCAUGCCUUUACCUCAGCGACAAGGUGAAAACACUGAGAAUUUGGAUACAGAGGUAAACGUGGUAUCAGACAAAUCUGUUACAGCUGUAAGCAAUGAUACGCAUAGUUUAACUGGAGACUUAAACAAUGGAAGUAAAAGGACAUGUCAAUCAUCUCAGGCAGAUAGAUUAAAGCUUCCUGUUAAUGAUUCAAAAUCAAUGAAUAAAAAAAUUCGGUUGUGUUCUACAUCUAAAGUAGAAACUACCUGCAAUGGAAUCAACAAACGUAGAUGCGACGAACAAAUUGAGUCGGUGAUCCUAAGUGCAGCGGUGCUAGCGGUAUGUAGAAGCGCAGCUGUCCCAUCACCAGCUCUUCCGGUCGUUCCAGCUGUCCCAGCUGCAGCUCUUCCCGUCGCCAAACUUGGGAUCGACAGCACAAGUUUUGAUCCUUAUCCCCAAUACUCUUAUGCCUACGACGUCCAAGAUACGCUGACCGGUGACGCGAAGAGCCAGUAUGAAAGUAGGAACGGUGACGUUGUCAGCGGCAGUUACUCUCUCCUGGAAGCCGAUGGUACGAGACGAAUCGUCGAGUACACCGCCGACCCGGUGAACGGAUUUAACGCCAUCGUUCGUCGAGAGCCCUUAGCAGUGGUGAAACCCGUUGUUCCAGCGCAGCCACUCGUUUAUCAUCCCUGAUGGAUAUUUCUAUAUUAUAAUAUCAGACAAAGCUAGUCACAUUAUUAUGUAUCAUUUAAUUUGUCAGUAGAUUUUUAUUAAAGAUUUUUUAAAAACUGUA